AUGCCGGAGAAGCCGUGGGCCUUGAUCCCUCCCUCGCUUAGCGACCUGGACAGAUGUCUGUUUGCUGCCGCCACUUCCAUCACGGUUCGCGAUGGUCGAUUCACUGACUUCUGGCAUGAUGCCUGGCUUGAUGGGAUGAGCCCCAUGGAUUUGGCGCCGGAUUUGUUCCUUAUUGCUCGUCGCAAGCACCGCCGUGUUCGUGACGCUUGCUGGCAAUUCAAAUGGGUCCAUGAUGUUGCCCAUGGCAUUAACCCCGACAAUAUCCAACAGUUCCUCUUCCUCUUCUCUCGGAUUGAGGAUGCUCCGGCUCUGUGUGAGGGGAAUGAUAGCAUCACGUGGAACCUUACCCCGUCCGGAUUAUAUUCUGCUAAGAGCACAUACACUGCUCAGUUCCAGGGUUUGCUACGAAAACCGUUCAGCUGCAUUGUUUGGCAUGUAUGGGCUCCCGAGAAGUGCAGGUUCUUUGGCUGGCUCCUUGCCCGCGGUCGCAUACCAACCUCGGACCUCCUGCAACUGCGGGGCAUGCCCAACGACAAGUGGUGUCCCUUUUGCUACGCCACCGAGGAAUCCGCUACUCAUCUGCUCUUGGACUGCCGGUAUGCGCGCCAUCUUUGGUCUUUGGUCGCCUCUUGGUUGGGGAUUGCCCUCCUCCAGCCUGCUUCCUGGCCGGCUCUCACCUCUACUUCUUGCUGGUGGACAAAUCGUAUUAAGGCGGCUCGACCGCUCGGCAAACGUCGCAGGAAGGGAGUUGCUUCUAUUAUCCCGCUCACCCUGUGGGAGACCUGGAAGGAGAGAAACCGCCGUACUUUCCAGCACAAGCUACUUCUCCCUUCGGCGGUGCUGCUCCUUAUCAAGGGGGAGGCGGCUUUGUGGAAUCGCACGGGGGCCGGGCUUGGCGAGUUGGUCUCCGGUGAUGAUGAUGUCCAUUAG